GCCGCCUCAUGAACGCCGAUUAAAUGGCCCCCAACUGACGAGUUUCUCAACAUCCUGCGAGCUUGGACUUUCUAACAAUUCGAACCGACUGUUUCAAAAUGGGCGGAGCUCCCUGGAGAUCAGACGGCUGCAAUACUUGCAGAAGGCGAAAAGUAAAGUGCGAUCUGCAACGCCCCCAUUGUGCAAGAUGCCUCCGUGGGGGCCACGGCUGCGAGGGAUAUGAGCGAGCUUCAAAGUUCAUAGUACACACGUUUGCCGAUCAAGUCAAAACGGGCAAGGAACCGAUUUGCGAGUCUAUGCAAUUCCAAUUCAAGAAGACAGCCAAGGACGCUCCUCGGCCAACAAAAGAGACGAGUAUCACCGUCGUCCAGGUGAAUGCUCAGAUUCGCUCUCAACUUUUCUCAAUAUUUGUCGACUCUUAUAAUCCAUCUGCACCAAAGGGCCAAGUCUCCUUCCGAUUCAGGGAUGCCUCGAAUCUAUUCGAAGCCUUGCCGUCUAUGCUGGAUGGCAAGAACAGCCAAUUACUGGACCGGGCAACGUCGGCACUUGCUUCUGUCUUUGUCGGCAAGAAGUUUAAGAAUGACCAGAUGAUUCAUCAUGGCGUCGAACUUUACAACCAAGCAAUACAUUCAUUUUCUCGUCUAAUAUCUCGUCAGGGAUUGCCUGUUCGAGAGGUUCUGUGCGCUAAUGUUAUUUUCCAGUAUUACGAGGUGAUAAAUUCCACAUCGGGCUUCUCUGGGUGGAUGGCACAUAUGCAAGGUGCCAAUGCUGUGGUCGCUCAAUAUGGGAAGUCACUAGAAAGGGACCAGAUAUCCAUCAUGCUGUUCCGUCAACUGAAACUAUCCAACAUCUUUCACGCUAUUGGGAAAUCCAGAUCUGCUCUUUACUUCUGCCCAAUGUGGCAAACCUUAACUUCGUGCAUUGACGGCCAUAGUUGGGCCGAUCCAGUCGACGAGAUAAUCGACAUCCUCAUGAGGUGCACUCUUUUUGUUGAAUACAUUGACAAUAUAUGCUCGGGUCAUGAUACAAUACAGUUGAUGAAAGUUUGCCAUACCUUGAAACACCAGACUGAGUCAUGGUACGCGAGGCUGAAAUCCACAUCGCCAAGUCCGUUAUACACGACUGUUCCCAAUGAAGCCGAAAUUUCCAGAUCUCAUGCCACAAAAUCGCUGUUCCCUGAAACAUAUCAUUUUGCUUCUAUUGAAAUAGCAGAAGUACAUAUGCUAUACUGGACGGCCUCACUUAUCAUCUAUUCCCUCUUCCAAGAGAUUGAACGCCGAGAGGAAUUUUCAGACACCACCUUGCUUGAUCCUCAAUGCUUAAAUCCCAUUUAUGUCACCAGGCAAGGCGGAUCAAGCCCCUUCAUGAAGAAUGCCGAAUUAUAUACCGACCAGAUCUGCCGCGGGGUGGGGUACUUUGUGCAACCACACAUGCAUAUACUGGGAGGGCAUAAUUUACUAUUCCCCGUGUCGAUGGCGGCUCAAUUCUUCUAUCGCAACGGAAUCAACGAUCGCUAUCUAUGGUGUCAAGAAGUCUUCUCUUUCCUCGAGUCACUCGGCCUGGGAUUGGCGCAUGUCUUACGAGGGACACCUUGGUCAAGAUACAAGUCAGGCAGCGGUUUGCAAUAUUGAUGACCUUGAUAGAGUAAUUCUUUGAACUGUAUAAUGGUGGAUUGGCUACCGUUGGAAUUUACAUUGAUGGAAAUGAUACCUAGUGUAAAACCAAUGUUCUCACAGAUAAAUCGAAUAUACUAUUCAUUAAUUGCGAGGGCACAAGUAGAGAGCAUAGAAUUCGGUCCUCACCUGUGAGACACCAGAAUC